AUGGCAUUAGAAGGAAUGGAGUUUACCACAAAAUCAUAUCUAGAUCAGAAACCUGGAACAUCAGGGCUGCGUAAGAAGGUUUCGGUUUUUGAGCAAGAGAACUAUAUCGCCAACUUUGUGCAAAGUACCUUUAACGCUUUGCGCCUCUUAAACAGUUUUCCGGAGGUUCUUGUGGUUGGUGGUGAUGGUCGUUAUUACAUGAAAGAGGCAAUCCAAAUUAUUCUGAGGGUCGCCAUGGCUAAUGGUGUGCAAUCAGUGUGGGUUGGUCACAAGGGUCUGCUUUCAACCCCCGCCGUAUCAACCGUAAUACGGAGGCGUUCAGGCGGAUUUAAAGCCCAAGGGGCCUUCAUUCUCACGGCGAGCCACAACCCCGGCGGCCCCGAUGCGGACUUUGGCAUUAAAUACAACACCGCGAACGGUGGGCCCGCCCCAGAGAAAGUAACGGAGGUGAUUUAUAACGAAACGCUUAAGAUCAGCACCUUGUACCUGAACUCCUCACUUCCCGAGGUGGAUCUCACCCGCAUAGGGGUCCAAACCUAUGACCAUUUCACCGUCGAGGUUAUCAGCUCUGUAGAGGACUACAUCUCUUACAUGAAGGAGAUUUUCGACUUUGACGCCAUUGGGUCCUUCCUAAGUCGCCCUGAUUUCACAAUCCACCUUGACUGCCUCCAUGGUGCAAGUGGACCUUACGUGCAGGAGAUCUUCCACACCUGCCUGGGGGUUCCUUUAGCCUCAUUGCAUCACACCACCCCGCUUUCCGAUUUUGGGGGUUAUCACCCCGACCCCAAUCUCACAUAUGCGCAUAACCUUGUGCAAGUGAUGGGGCUACUGCCAAAUGGUUCCAUUGAUAGGAGUAGAGCGGGAGAACAGGUGCCAAGCUUUGGUGCGGCCUUUGACGGCGACGCGGAUCGCAAUAUGAUUCUGGGGUCUCGUUUCUUUGUUAAUCCCUCUGAUUCACUAGCGAUUCUCGUGGCAAACGCCGAGGUGAUUCCUUUUUUUCGGAAAGCCGGGGGCCUUAGUUCGGUCGCACGUUCCAUGCCUACAAGUUGCGCUGUUGACCGAGUCGCUCAAGAAAGAAAUCUCAGAUGCUUUGAAGUUCCCACGGGCUGGAAGUUUUUUGGUAAUCUCAUGGAUAGCAAGACCGUUUUUGGUGGUGAGGACUACAACCCGUUUAUUUGCGGGGAGGAGAGCUUUGGCACGGGCAGCAACCACAUUCGUGAGAAGGACGGUGUGUGGACUUGCUUGUUUUGGUUAUCACUACUCGCAUCCAAGAAUGAUCCCGGUGUCAAUCCAAGCAGAUCGCUGGUGGGUGUUCAAAGCAUUGUGGAGCAGCACUGGGCUUUGUACGGGCUCAAUUACUAUACGCGGUAUGAUUACGAAAAUGUUUCUGUAGACAGUGCAAAUACUGUUAUGGAGAACAUCUUAAGCAAGUUACCAGAGGAAAUUCCUUGUCUGGACGGCAAGCGCUGCUGCAUUGUGGACAGCUUUGAAUACUGUGAUCCUAUAGAUGGGAGUAUAACUUCCAAACAGGGUGUGCGGGUAGUAUUUGAGGACAAUUCUCGUUUUGUGUUGCGACUGAGUAGCACUGGGACCUCAGGUGCUACAAUUCGACUUUACUUGGAAAAAUAUGUGGGUCCGGCUUUUGUGACCGAUAAUUUACGAAAAGGAACACUCCCACCCUCCUCUGAGGGCUUGAGAGAGUUGAUACAAAUUUCGCUUGAUGUUUCCAAAAUCCCUGAGGCUACAGGUCGUGAUGCACCCACUGUUAUUACAUAA